AUGGAGCAGGCCGCAGCGGAUGUGGAGAGAGACUCGGCUUUGGAAAGCCUCCUGCUGGAGUCUUUCGCUUCAGGCGAAAUUUCCGGCGCUUUUUGUCAUGCACUCAUGCAAGCCGCCGUGCAAGACAUCAAGACGGCCAGGGAUGAUGGUGCCACCUUUCCUCUCAUGGAGAAGUUGGCGAGUGUGAAGCAUGGUAAGAACUUCCAGCAGUCCUUGGAACUCGCACUGCAACGGAAGUCCAAGCUCGUGCAGCCGACCCAGGUCAGCAUACCCCUCAAAGGUGGACCCGAGGACAGACCAUCCUGCAACAUCCUGCUUCCCCAUGAGAUGUUGCAUGGAAUGUUUGUUAGUGGAGGUGGCUGGGAGAGAUGUGUCGUGCCAACAGCCGACCUACUCCCGAGGUUCUGGGCUAGCUUCCGGGAUCAUCCCUGCAUGUCUGGGCACCCCAUCCUGGGACGAGCUGAUUACCACGAGAAGGCCAUCCCACUUUGCCUCCACGGCGACGAAGUCCCGGUGAUGGGUGUGGGCAAGAUCUGGUGCCACUCGGCUUUGCAGUUCAGCUUCAACAGCAUGUUGGCGACUGCGGCCGGGAGAUCGGCAGAGGAUACCCAGAUGUUCAUCUUCGGCAUCUUCGAGAAGUUCGUGUUGCCGGAGACGAUGCCUGCAUUCUUCGAACUCUUGAGGUGGAGUUUCGAGGUUUGCCUGGCAGGCAAAUGGCCAGCCAAAGAUUGGCGAGGAAUCAGGCACUCGUAUGCAUUCUGA